AUGGAUUCAGAAGCACAGCGUGGGCGGCAGGAACAGCUCCGCUCGGCCAAGCGCGCCUUGCGACAGUUUCAACGCCGUCGUGCGCAGGAACAAGGCAAACGAGCCUCACGCACGCUGCGUGCGUCGGUACUGGUCAGGAACGCUGAAGCGCCGCCAACUGUACUGACACAAUACUUCAUGGCGUCCAACCACCCAGGACCCAUUGCGCGAGAGUCUGCCGUGCGGGCCACGGACAAGACGAAGCGCCGCAGGUCACGACCCAGUACGAUCUACAUGGACGAAGGUCCCUUCUCUCGCCGUACCUCCCAAAUCUGCUGGUCAGGUUCCAUGGAGGGCGGUGACGCUCGCCACCCUCGCCAGGGCUCCGUGUCCUCGUCAAGACUGCCGACCAUGUCGGCGGGGCAUCGAUUGAGCUUGGCACGACAGUCUCUCUUGGAAACCCAGCGACAGUCUCUGGAUCCCGCAUUUCAUGACGGACCUAGGCGACGCAGCCGUCAUUCUCGUCAGCUCAGCAUCUCUACCCGUGGCCAGGGAUUUGAGGUGUUGAGUGGACAGUCCCUGCAUCGCACAUCCAUGCACCAGGAUGCAUCUACGCGCCGAUCGAUUCGAUUCUCCGCAUUGGAGCCAGCGAGCAUCUUGUUUGGCAUGUCCAGUGUACAUAAGCCACUUCCCCCUGCCCCGUCGUCUGUGCCCACGGACUGGAAAGCCGAACUGCGUGGCAUGGAAUCGGACGAUCGAGAGGAUCGUGAGACUGCCUUGGACAAGCUCGAAGGGCGUCGUCCGCCCAGUAUGAUGCCCACGCUCAAGGCCAGCGACGACCAACGCCGUUCCAUUGUCCCAUCGUGGCUGUCUAUGGGCGAUGCUCCCCCGACACAGCUUCAAGUGCCCAAACGGUCUGGUGCCUCGAAGCGCCAGUCUAUCGUUCCAAUACCGCCACCUAUGCGCAAGGAGACACCGGAAUGUCAAGAUCCGCGUGAUGAAAUGGACCGAACGCCGCGACCUUCCGGCCCGGAGACGGCUGUGCCGUCGGCUGAAGCUCCACGAUCGCCACUGCGCCCCUUGCGACUGAGCUCCCUUUCCACGGCUAGGCGGCCUUCGACGCAGGCGUCUCACAAGGCUGCUAGGCGGGUAUCGAGUAUCACCUACAAGGCCUCCUACGAUAAUGACCUCGCAACGCCUACGCGUGCGUGGAGCGACUUGGAACAGAAGCACCACCAGCCCUCGAGCUCGCGGGGUGUGUUAUCGGCGGCGACAUCGUGGGCAACGUCUGAUCAGACACAGAGCUUGUUCAGUCCUGACUCCAACGUAUCCGACUCGCCUGGUGCGACGAGCAUCGACUCGACAGAUCACACAUCUCGGAAGCGUGGCUUCCGCAUGGAAGAUCAUCUUUUGGCCUCUCUUCAUGCGCGGAUGGAUGAGCAGCGUGAGCGACACCAACAGGAACUUACGAGCUUGCAGCGAGAGUUAGAAGAAGUACGGCAGGUCAUGGGCUCACAACUUGUGGCCAUGACGGGUGCUAAGGAUGCAGCGGAGAAAGAGCUUGCCGAGUUGCAGAAGCAAGUGCAUGACAUGGGGACACAGCUCGAAGACACGUCUGGCGAGCGCGAUAUGUACAAAGAAGACAUUGUUGACUGGCGAUCGCGCUGCAGUGAUUUGGAGCACACCAUUCAGUCGCAGCAAUUGCGUCUGGACCAAGAAUGGACGUGGCGCCGCGUGGCGACAAAGCGCAUGCAGGCCAUGAGCCACCGUCUGCAGGCCGACACAUCUGUAUACUCUGAUGAAAGUCAAGCGUCCCCCAGUGCAUCCGGCUCCAUGUCAUUGCUAGAAGCCUUGCCCGAGCUGCCCGAGCUGCCGUCAGAGGAUGAACUAGGUCUGUGGACGCAGCGAGUCACUCGACAGCUUUCCAAGCAUGCGCCAAACUCAGACGCUCCUGACUUGGCGCCCGAAACGGUCAAGCUCUUGACGGACAUGCGCGAGCAAAUCCUGGCGCUGUACUCAGCUCUGCGCCUCGAGGAAUCGAAUCAUGCGUUGACGCGGGAUCAGCUGCGUGACGCUCAAAGCAAAUCGCGUGCUAGCGAUGAUGCCCAGCCGACCAUGCGUUCCUUGGUGCUUGACAUGCCGACACCCACACCCGCUGAAACGGAGGCACUCGAGCCGUUUGCCACGGUGGAUAAGACGUCGGGUACCGAUGCGCAGGACACCGCAGCUGAUAUUCUAUUUCCUGGUACUGCACAAGACGACAGCGCCCCGAUUGGCUUGGGCUUCUCGUCCCCUCCCCAUGAGGCUGCCUCACUACGCUCAGCUGAGGUGUUCUCUUCUCAUGACCGUGAGUAUUCAGACGAGAGUUUGGGUUUAGCAACGAGCCAACCUCAUGCGCAUGAGCCAGAAACACCCAAAGACUCAGCAGAUCUAUUCCAUACAGACUCCAAGCGAGCAUCUGGCAUGUUUUCUUUGACAAUGGAUCCCUAUGCGCCGCUCUCGGGGAUGACGUCAUCGUCUACCACGAGCCAGCCCGCCUGGCCUGACGUCGAUACGAGUCAUACGGUCGACGCCGAGGGCGAGGCUGCUGAUGCCUAUCUGCAGGGCCACAUCCCUGAUGCGUACAUUGAUCUGGAAGGCGGCGUCAUGGACGACAGCGCCUGGGUGGACGAGGAGGACGUUUCUGACGCGGAGCAGCCAGACGAUCUCGUGUCCAGUCCAUCGACGCCACGCCCCGAGUUUAUUCCCGAAUGGAGCUUCGAGCAGGCCGUGUUUGAGGCAAAUCGAGACAUGCAGCUGUACAAGGCUUCAGGUAAAAGCCAUCGCAACAAGUAUGCGCGGCGUGGUGCGCGUCGCAUGCGCCAAAACGAGAUCGAAGACUUUUUUGGUAUCUUUGACGUGGCCACAGAUACGAUAACGCCAUUGCCCGUGCCUGACUAUGCCCUGGACAUGCCUCCUGUGGAUACGAGUAAGCUUCUGCCAGCAUGGGAAUACCCACGGCCUGAUCAAGAUGACGGCACUUGUGCGCCAUCGCUCGAUGAGCCGUGGCAAACCCCCAAAAGGCGGCCUCAGCCUGUGAAAACCACAUCGCCUAUGGACGAUGUCAACAGAAAACCAGUUCCAUCCGUGUCGCAAACGCUCUCUGAGUGGGCGUCGUCCUCAUGGACGUCCGAAUCAUACUCGGACGGCAGCGCUACGAACGCACCUGUGCCCGAGAUCCAGUCUUUCGACGCCACACAGCUUGUGGACGAUGACAUGUUGCCAUGCGCUCCGAACAGGAACUCGCUGCUGGCUCCUGCUAUUCCGGCACCAUGCACUCCAAUCCCUCGGAGUCCAGGUGACGACUCUCCCUCCCCCCUUUCUCCCGGACGUAUGCGGCUUGUGAAGCACAAUCCCCUCACACGGAUUCCUGUGCCCACGCCCAUAUGGAAGUUGGACUUUGAGCUCACGACGGCUGUGCCUCAUGCACCUCAGCCUUUUACUAUAUAA